CUCCCUCUCUCUGGCCUACCCAGACCAUGACACUCCUCGACGAAUGGAAUUCACUUCAAUUGAAGGAAAUAGAUGGUCCUUACCCCUAUGAUCCCUAUGGCGAUGCUCCCAUCCAUCGUGUGGCUCAAUGCUCUCGGAGGCCCAAAUGAUGCGCAAAGUGCACUUUAUAGGCAGCGCCUAGUGACAACCCCUAAGAGAAUGCUGCCCCACGGCUCGAUCUGUAACUCACACACUCUAGUGCAGUUCGCGAUGAAAGACUGACAUGACCAAAUCUUCGGAUGCCACAAGGCUGGGCUGUGCCAUAGGUAAAUGCAGGGGUUCGGUCAGUGCUUCCAAUGAAUGCUACUCGGGCAACUUGUGUGUGCGUGCAGCGAUGACUGUGCAUCAGGCAAACUCCCAGGCAGAUAGAUCUAUUGUGGACGUCAGGCAGUAUAAUACGACAUUCGGGUCGGCGAACGCCACCUCCUCGAAUUUCUCCAAAUUUUGAAUGCGUAGAAACACCUCUCAUCAUUGUCAACAAAGUCAAACUUGGGCCACUAGGCGCUUCGCAGAAUGGUGGCCUCCGAGGCUUUAGGUCUGGCGACCAACAUUGUUCAACUCGUCGACUUUAUUAGCAAACUCGUCUCGAAUGCUGUUGCCAUAUACAAGUCGGCGAACCAGGCCAGCGCUGGCAAUCUAGUUCUCCAAGAUGUCGCUAAUGACCUAAUCCGACUUAGCAGUGUUGUUGUGGCAUCUAACAGUCCGGGAGGUGAGGGCCUCAAGCAGCUUGCUCAGAGUACGAAGGAGGUUGCGAAGGAUCUCCUCGCUAUACUAGAUUGUAUGCAGACUAAGGGACAAAAGACGAAAUGGAAGAGCUUCCUGCUUGCCAUGAAGGAAGUUCGCAACAAAGAAACUGUCACAUCAAUCACCAGCAGUGUUACGAGACUACAAUUGCAAAUGACUCUACAUCUUCAGUUUCAAAUCAAGGAAGACAUGGCCUCCAUCUCUCAGCAUAUUCAAGACUUAGAAAAUACUAGCCAUCAUCUCCAACUCAGCAAUGCUAAAGAACUUGAAAAGCUACGGGCCGAUCUUCUCGGUGCUUUCAAUGCUGUAAAUACCACAUGUAUGAAUCAGGCUGAGAAAUCUCUCGUCUUGGAUCUCGAACGCUUGUCUCUCGGGAAUGUUCAUACAUUAUCACGAACGCUACCUAACUACGCAAAUAAGAUCUCAACCCUAUCCGAAAGCGUAGAUGCGGUUGCAGACCACCAAGAAGUUAUGAAAGCAUUCUAUUUCGAUAAACUCAGCGCUCGAGAAGAGAAGAUCGCCAAGGCCCAUGCGAAUACUUUCGAAUGGGUAUUCAGCGAUGUACUCUCUGAUGGAAAGACAAAGAUUGGUUUCUCAAAGUGGUUAAGGGAUGGGAAUGGGAUUUUUUGGGUCCGCGGCAAAGCGGGAUCAGGGAAAUCUACGCUGAUGAAGCUUAUCAGCCAUCACCCAACCACGUUACAUGCCUUACGACAAUGGUCCGGGUCACAUCAAUUGGUUAUGGGAAGAUUCUACUUCUGGAAUCCUGGUACGGAUCUUCAAAAGUCGCAAGAAGGGCUUUUUCGUUCUCUCAUAUUCGAAACAUUACAACAGUGCCCUGAACUGUCCAUUCACGCCAAGAAGCUAUUCAUGAACGAGCAGUGCAGCACCUCCCACUUGAGCACACAGCUUGGAAACAGAGCAGACUGGAAACUUGGAGAGCUGGCCGACAUUCUGAGUGGAAUCUUGAAUCACGAUAGAGCGAAAAGGUUCUUUUUCAGCAUUGAUGGGCUGGACGAAUAUAAAGCCCAGUAUACUCUGGAUCACCAGGACUUGAUAGAUGCCCUACAUAAAUUAGCGGCUUCUCCUAAUGUUAAAUUAUGUGUGUCAAGCAGGCCAUGGACAGUCUUCAUGGACGCAUUCGAUCGAGGUAUUGACCGUUGCCUCAAAUUAGAAGACCUGACAAGAGAUGAUAUAAGGGCCUACAUCAAAGACAAGUUCAAGGCGCACAAUCAGUACACCAAGCUCAUGCAGAUAGAUCCCAGCUACUCCUCCUUAGUGGACGACGUUGUCGGAAAGUCUCAAGGUGUCUUCCUGUGGGUUUUUCUCGUCGUCCGGGAGCUCUUAGAUGGACUCACUUAUCACGAUUCACUCAAAACCAUGCAACAGCGCGUGGAUAGCUUCCCAGGCACUCUCGAGAAGUUCUUCCAACACAUGCUCGAUUCUAUCCCCGAAAUCUACAGACCGCAAACAGCAAAGAUAUUUCAAGUGUCGGCGUUAUACGAUUUUCCCCUUCCCAUGAUACUUUACAGUUUCCUAGAAGAUUUCAACGACAACCCCCACCUAAUCACCGAAAGGGUCUACCGCCCGAUGGGGUCAACUGAAUUCAAAGAGCGCUGGGAGAAAAUGCAUCGAAGGCUUGAUGCUUGGUGUAAGGGCUUACUUGAGGUUGAUGAACCUCUCUUGGGGUCAUAUCUCGCUGAUCCCAUAAGUCCGCAAGUGAAUUUUCUUCAUCGCACUGUCCAAGACUUUGUCCUUUCAGAUGAAGUUGCUUUUACGCUAAAAUCACCGAACAACGAGCGUCGACGGAUAUGGCUUCAGUUCCGCUAUACCAUCAUUCACUGCUAUAGACGAUUUUCAUCGAUGGGAAACGCUGCGGUGUCUACUCUGACUAAGAUCCUGGUUUACUUCUCUGGGAAGGGUGAGAAGGAUGGCAUUGACUGCCAUGCGAUAAACAACAUUACAUUAGACCUGUGUGACGCUGUGCUUCCACCUAGGCGAUGCGAAGUCAAUUUCAAGCUCAUUUUACAUGCCAUAUGGCUCGGCCAACCAUAUAUUAUCAAGUUUAUAACUCCAUUGUUGGAGGAGGAAGGCUUGGACGGGGUCAUGUCUCGAUGCUUGAGUGGCGCCAAAAACUCAGAAAGCACCCGCUUGUUUAUUUCAUGUGUUGAGGCGCGGGGGCUUUCAAGCAAGGCCGUGUUUAAGUACGCUUUCAGUAAUUACUUAACGUGGCUGGCUACUCAAGAUCCUGUUGUUACUAGAGACAAGAGAGUUCUCAGUAUAGUUAAGGCAAUUGCUUCUACGGGAUAUAAGCUUGAUGGGAAGCUCGUUGCGACUUACUUUCCCGAUCAUUACUCUGAAUUAAUGUGCGGAGCCCCGUCAGUUGGCGGAGGGAGAAAACGAGAAUUAGAGGAUGGCGCAGCCACGCACGAGAGAAAACGGGUUCGCGCUGAGGAUAUAUCUGACUGAAGCCCGGGAUUCUCGAAACAAAUUAGCAUAUGAAUAUAGAACUAACGUGUGUUAAAAGGGGAUGAUUUUUAGUAUAGUGCAGGCCUAGGAAGAAGAAACUAAUUCACGAUGCCUAUUACAUAUCCGUGUGUAAGUAUGCCAUGGACAGCCAAGGCUUUCCAGCAGCUAGCUAACCUAAUCCAUAUAUUCCAAUACACCUAAACUCGAGGAACGAAACGGCACAAACCGGGAAGCCAUGGAAAGUUGUUUACUUGAAACCACAUCGAUACUCACAAAGAAAUGGGAAGCUAAAAUGUGAGUCUUUGACUGGGGUGGAACGAACUAGUUGCAGUGCAACCACGUCAGGAAUUCAGAGCCCUAGCUGCUGUCCACGUGCAUUGUGAUAUUAAGUAGAUUACAUUAUGUAGCAUAAAAUUAGCGUCGUAUUAAGAUGGCACACUAUUA